CUAGCAAAUGCGUUACAGCAGUAAUUGUUGUCGUUACAGCUCCGUAUGGGGCCAUGGCUAAAAGGGAUCCAACUUUGGUCAAAUUAACGUCAAAAGUUGGAAGGUUUUGCAUUAACUAACCCUAGCCCUUUUCCUAAUCUUAACCUAAUUAUCACAAAAUGCUACAUUAACACGUUUUGCUUAGCUAGAUAAUUAGCUAAACUCACGAAAUUAAUGUCAUAACGUUAUUUUUCGAAAUCAAGGGGUAUGCCGUUAUUCCAUCCGUCGAUAAUUAGUGUACAUUCAAUUCAAAUAGUUCAAUGAUUUAUCUUGCGUUCUUAAUGACGCCCAAUAUUACUGGACGCCACAAGCAGAUGUGAAGUCGUCAUUACUCGUCGGCGACACGUUGUUAUUGUUGGACAGCAAACAUGGCGGAUGAAAGUGUUGCUGGAGCCAGCCUUCUUAAGGUACUUUCGUUAAUACAUUUGGUAAAUAAUGCUGUAGUAAAGUUGCAAUAGAGCAUGCUGAGUCUACUUUCUAGUAGUCAGAAUAAUCUCACUCAAAAUACACGCCUGAGCAGACAACGAUAUGACGUUGAACGACAGCACAGACGACGACAGUUUUUGCGUUUACACGCUACAACCACUAUAUGUACUGACGAAAGAAGCAGCAAUCGAUGAUGCAACAUGCGAGGUGUGUUGAAGCGGGAUCGAAGACGCGGUGAAGAUGUUUGCAGUAUGAUGUUGGAUGAUUUUGACGACGAUCAAUGGCGCAAACAGUUCCACAUGACUCAGACCACAUUUGAACACCUUGCACAGUUAGUAGAGUCUGAGAACUAAACAGACCACCAAUGUCUGAAACACAAUUGAAUACCGUCGAAGGCUUGCUCUAUUUUUGUGGUGGUGUGCAACACCAAGCGAGUACCACAUUAUUUCAAGUUUAUUUGAAUUCGGUGUCUCCACUGUUUGCAUCAUUCUAAGACAGGUGACUGCAGCUGUCGUGUAGACAAGUACAACCGCUUUAUUUCGCUACCCGGUGGUAAAGGCAUCCUAGCCACCAUCUGUGGGUUUAAGCAGCUUGGGUAUCCGCAAUGUGCUGGUAACCAUCGGUGAGACACACAUCCCCAUCACUCCUACCAAAAUAAUAUCCAAAGGGCAGCAUUAUUCUGUGUUGCAGGCCGUUGCUGAUCACAACCUCUGAGUUCAGGAUUUGUCAUUGGUGUAGAGUUGCCAGUUCAUCCGGUAGGAGACCCAGCGUACCCACUGAAGAGGUGGUUAAUGACAGGCUUUUCCCAGGACACAUCUCUGAAUAACCACCAACAGAAGUUUAAUGACCACCUGAGUUCUGCCAAGGUGGCUGUUGACGACUUCUUAGGACUCUUAAAAUGUUUGAUGAAGUGCAUCAACAUUGACGUUAAGUUAACGACAGACACUGUAACAGCGUGUUGCAUACUGCACAAUGUGUGUGAACUGAAGAAAGAACCGUUUCUGGCAUGAAUGGAACCGGGACAUCAUUGACAGGAUCAUCAUCAGCAGACAGAGGCUAAGCUCACAGAGCAAGACCAUAGUUUACUACAAGGCUCCCAGUGGCCCCUGAGACGAAGAAACGCCAGGCUCCAAAAGCUCCGGAACUUCCCAUUCUGGAGAGGAGGAACUGGCUCAUCCACCUGCACUACAUCCGCAAAGACUAUGAGACUUGCAAGGCAAUGAUCAAAGAGCAGCUACAGGAGACCCAGGGAAUGUGUGAAUAUGCCAUAUACGUACAAGCGCUAAUCUUGCGUCUGGAGGGGCAGAUCCAGCCAUCCCUGGAGCUGUUCCAGAGUUGUGCCAUCCUCAAUCCCACCAGCCCCGACAACCUCAAACAAGUGGCCCGAUCGCUUUUUCUGCUGGGGAAACACAAGGCAGCCAUUGAGGUUUAUCAUGAAGCUGCGAAACUCAAUGAAAAAGACUGGGAGAUCAACCAUAAUCUGGGUGUAUGCUAUUCCUUCAUAAAAGACUUCCAAAAUUCUGAAGAGCAGUUGAAUGCAGCCUUGCAGUUGAAAAAACACGACAGGACAUUCAUGACACUGGGAAAGGUCCACUUGUUGGCGGGAGACACGGACAAAGCCAUCGAAGUGUACAAAAGUGCAGUGGAGUUCUCUCCAGAGAAUGCAGAGUUGCUGACCACUCUGGGGCUCCUGUAUCUGCAGUUGGGGAAAUACCAAAAAGCAUUUGAACAUCUCGGGAAUGCACUUACUUAUGACCCUAAUAACUAUAAGGCCAUCCUGGCAGCAGGCAGUAUGAUGCAGACCCAUGGGGACUUUGAUGUGGCCAUGAACAAGUACCGCGUGGCAGCGUGCAUGGUCCCCGAGAGCCCCCCGCUCUGGAACAACAUCGGCAUGUGCUUCUUUGGCAAGAAGAAAUAUGUAGCAGCCAUCAGCUGUCUGAAGCGGGCCCACUACCUGUCUCCGUUUGACUGGAAGGUGCUGUACAACCUGGGCCUGGUGCACCUCACCAUGCAGCAGUAUGCCUCUGCCUUCCACUUCCUCAGCGCUGCCACCAACCUGCAGCCCCGCCUGGGAGAACUCUACAUGCUACUAGCAGUUGCACUGACCAAUCUGGAGGACGUGGACAAUGCCAGGAGAUCCUAUGAACAAGCUGUGGCUUUAGACCAGUCCAACCCUCUGGUCAACCUGAACUUUGCCAUUCUGCUGUACAACCACGGGGACAAGAAGGGAGCCCUGCAACAGUACCAGGAGAUGGAAAGGAAAGUCAACAUACUGAAGGACAGCAACACUGAGUUUGACCCUGAGUUAAUGGACAUGGCUCAGAAGAUGGCCGCUGCCUUGCAGGUGGGAGAGAGCCUGGAGUGGACCAAGCCGGUCAAAGACCCCAAGUCUAAGCAGCGCUCGGCUGGGGCCCCCAGUAAAACCCCUGGCAGCUCCCAGCAGCCCCUAGGCACCAACCAGGCCCUGGAGCAGGCCAUGUCCUCCGCCGCAGGCUACAACAAGAGCAUCACACUCCCCACAGGAGUGUCCCCCCAUAGCCAGCCCACACCCCCCUCCCUGGCCUUGGAGGAGGAGCCUGAUGUGGAGACCACCCCCACCUCCCGAGCCCCUCAGCCAGACGAGUCAGACCCCUCCACCACCCUGCCCCCUCUGGCAGCCAAGCCCAAAGUCAAGAAGAACAAGUUGAAGCAAGAGCUGAACUAGACAGGGGCCCCUAUUUAGUCCACAGGCCGGUAGUGUAUGAUCACUCCCAGAAUGUCACUCAGCCUAUCUAGUCCACAGGCCGGUAGUGUAUCAUCACUCCCAGAAUGUCACUCGGUCUCUAUCCGUUUUGGUUUUCAUCAAGAAUAGUUAGUCGAAGGCCACAAGGCGUUCACUUGCUUUUUGAUUUAGCUUGUUACAAAGUGCUUUAUGUUGCUCUUUCUUAAUGGUCUUACUAACCAAGGUGAGCCAGCCUAGUGACAGAGGUGUCAUAAUGAGUUGACUUCCUGAUCAUCAAAGUCCUUGACAUGAUCUCUUUUCAGUACUUUUCAGAUACUUCCUCUGUUCAACUUUCUCUAUCGGGCAGUAUCAAAUGCAGCAUAUGAUUUUUUACUUAGCCUUGGUCAGUGGCAGGUCUGAAUUGUUGUUUAUAAUGACACUAAAUAUACAUUCCUCCAUUUUAAGUAACCUCUAAGAUAUGACAAUCAUGAAUGAGAUGAGGGAAAUAAAGAUUGUAGUGUUUUAUACCUAAUAUGAGAUGGAUUUAUUCAAGGCCUUUUUUUAAACUAUUGUUGAAUUUUAAGAUGUUUAGAAAUUGUGAUGUUUGCCUUGACAGAAUAGAUGUGUAUUUAUUGUUGCAAAAUCCAAAGUGUCAUGAAUGUGAUUGAUAGUGUUCUGCUCUUUAUUUUAGUCACAGUAGUGUUAGGCUAAACGACACGGUUGGUUGGGUAGACUUUAGCUCAGCGGCUAACAGUUGUGUAAGUGUGUGUGAACAUGCACGUGAUAUACAGGUAACUGACAAAAUAAACGAUACAUCAAAUCAAA